AACCUAAACUAACCUUGACGCCAAUGCCUUCCUCAAUCCGCUCUAAGCCAUCUUUCCCUCUCCCUUCUCCCUCUACGCUACGACGUCGUUUGCCGAUCGUAGGGGCCGUCUGCAUCUUCGCCUUCGCCUCCUCUUCCUUCUACUCCUCUCUCGCCAACUCACGGUCCAAAUUUAGUGGCCUAUCUCCUGCGAGGACUAUUCACUCUGUCGGAAUGGAAGGCAGUAGCGCCACUGUUCCAAGCAUCGUUGUUUAUGUUACCGUUCCUAAUGAACAAGCAGGAAAAAAGUUGGCUGAAAGCAUUGUCAAAGAAAAACUUGCAGCUUGUGUUAAUAGGGUUCCAGGUAUUGAAUCUGUAUAUCAGUGGAAGGGAGAGAUCCAAACUGAUUCUGAAGAACUUCUCAUAAUCAAGACUAGGCAGUCCCUUUUGGAAGCACUGACAGAGCACAUCAAAGAAAAUCAUGAAUAUGAGACACCUGAAGUGAUAUCCUUACCGAUCACUGGGGGCAAUCUCAAAUACCUUGAAUGGAUCAAAGACAGCACUCGGGACUAACUAUUUAUUUUAGCCAGAGGAUGAGUUGAGUGAACCACCCUUUGUGGAGGGUGUAGCUGGCAUAUGACGCGACUAAAUAUCAUGAUAUAUUUUGUACUGGUUUUACGUUGGCAUAGUUAAAAUCCUAGACAAAUGAGAUUCAUAAAUAGUCUUUUCACUUCGGAAGUUCGGGGGUGGUUUGAGCCUGUCUCUUAUCUUAGUUACAUUAUGGCAAUAUGUUCUGGCAUAUAAUUUAUCGAUCAAAAGGGUAAAAUAUUAGUUAUAUGGCUUUCUUUCGGGCAAAAGAGCAUGCUAUGACAGGCAUUACAGUGCUUUGGCAAUUAAUGUUAUUCUUUUUCAUAA